AUGGAGGUGGGCAGCAAAACCGGCUCGUCCUCCUCGGCAGGGUCUCAUUCACCCGCCGAGCCUGCACCUUGGCUCGUCCCGGUGCCACGAGCGGUGGUUUGGUGGCAGACAGGGACACCACCACCGCUGGAGGGACCAUCACCGAGGUCAAGCGUUGUCAAAACGCGUGGCCGAAGUUUGGAGUCGGCGACAGGUUCGGCGGGUGACGUGGUUGAUGGACCCAGCAGAAGCCAAAUGGAAGAAGGGCCAAUUAAUUAUGUGGAAGAAAGGCGGCUGAACGAGGGCAGCGGACUCAGCCUGGUGAAUGGGGGCCGGCUGGAGCCGGGGGGCACCGCGCUGAUGGAGUCCAGCGGGUGGUCACCAGGCCAGCCGCCCGCCGCCGGCAAAGCCCCCCUGGAAGACGUCCGGAACCUGGUGGCCUUCUCGGCGGUGGCCGAAGCCGUCUCCUCCUACCGGCUCCCGCCGCCGGGCUCGCCGUCGCUGCUGUACGAGAAGUUCGACUCGGAGAUGAGCCGGGGCGGGCUGGGCGCGGCGGACAGCGUGCCCAGGGGCGAGGACCUGCACGCCCUCAAGGCCGCCCUGGCGCUGGCCAAGCACGGUGUGAAGCCCCCCAACUGCAACUGCGACGGCCCCGAGUGCCCCGACUACCUGGAAUGGCUGGAACAGAAGAUCAAGACGGCUCUGGGCGAAGAACUGGCGUCCCCGCGUCCCCGCGCCGCCGCCAUCCCCCCUCCCACCCCCCAGGAAGGUGCUAUUGACCCCCAGCCGGUGCCUGAGGCUGCCGAGCCGUGCCCGCCCGACGGCCUCCCCUUUUCCCAGAGCGCGCUGACCAUUGCCAAGGAGAAGAACAUCAGCCUGCAGACCGCCAUCGCCAUCGAGGCCCUCACACAGCUCUCAGCCGCCCUGCCCCAGCCCGUGGGUGAUGGGCAGCCGCCGCUGCCGCCCCCCCCGCCGCCCCCCGCCGCCCCCUUCGGCCCAGGCCCCCUCGCCCCGCCGGGGGCCACGUGGCAGCGAGGGGACGAGCCCCGCUACCCGCCCGAGCCGGGGGCAGCACCUGAGCCAUUUUUCGGUGCGGCACCGCCCCGGGGCAACUUCUCAGCACCGUGGGGGCUGGAGGCCGAGGGGGCGACGGGGGCUGGAGACCCCAUGGCAGAGCUGGAGCAGCUGCUGGGGAACGCUGACGACUACAUCAAGGCAGCUUUCAAGAGACCUGAAGCGACCCCUGGCAAAGUGACGGCCCCCAAAACAGAGCCCCCUGAGCGAGCGGCCAGCAAGGAGGCACCGGGUGGCCCCCCAUUGCCGCCGGUGCCACCAGAGCCCGACCUGCACAAGAAGACACAGCUGGUCCUGCAGCAGCAUCUCCACCACAAGCGCAGCCUCUUCCUCGAGCAAAGCCUGGCGGCGGCAGCUCCCCCAGACCGGCCGGGAGGAUGGUGGGCUCCUGGCACCCCUGCUGCGCCCCCCAAACCCUUUGAAAAGCAGCCCAAAGAGAAGAAGAAGAAAAUGCCGCCUGAAAAGCCCCCCCCGGCCAAACCUCUCCGCAAGCAAGUGCAGAUCAAGAAGGCGAAGCAGAAGGACUCGCAGCCACUCUUCCUGCCCCUCUGGCAGAUCAGCCUGGAGGGGUUUCGGGCGCCCGCCGAACCCCCCGCCGAACCCCCCCCCGAGGAGAUGCAAACGGACCCACCGCCGCCGCCAUUGGCCUUCCCGCACCAGCCUCUUGCACUAGCCCAGCCCGCCGCAUGCCCCCCGCCACCCAACCCCCCCGGUGGCAUUCCCCCCGCUCCCGACUCUCAGGAAAGGGGUGCCCCCGGGGGGGGCCCCCAAAUUCACUCGGCGACAGCGGGCUCGGAGGAAGCGCUGGCUGCCCCCCUGCCGACCACCUCGGCUCCCAUCAUGGUGGAUGACAAGUUGGAAGAGCUUAUCCGACAAUUUGAAGCCGAAUUCGGGGAGAACUUCAACCUGCCGCCCCCCGAGACGCCCGCCCCGCUCGCCCCUGGGGCUGCCGAGGAGCCAGGGGGACCAGCACCAGCCUCGCAAGGGUCCCCUCAGGCCACCGCCGCCGCCUCGGCGCCGAGCAGCGCUACCCAGCCCAGCCCCAAGAGCUGCGCGUUGUCUCCAGGGAAGGCUCUGCUGUCAGAGCCCCCCUUUACCGCCCGCUCCCCCAAACAGAUCAAAAUUGAAUCUUCUGGUGCUAUCACCGUGGUGUCCACCACGUGUUUUUACUCCGAGGAAAGCCAAAACCCGGACGUGGACGAUGCCGACAGAACGCCCACCAAGGAUGAGGUGCCACUAACGCCGACUCUGAGCGGCUUUUUGGAAUCUCCGCUGAAGUACCUGGACACACCGACCAAAAGCCUCCUGGACACCCCGGCCAAGAGGGCACAGGCAGAAUUCCCCACCUGCGACUGCGUUGAGCAAAUCGUGGAGAAGGACGAGGGGCCGUAUUACACCCACCUGGGCUCGGGGCCCACCGUGGCCUCCAUCAGGGAGCUCAUGGAAGAGCGGUACGGUGAGAAGGGCAAGGCCAUCCGCAUCGAGAAGGUCAUCUACACCGGGAAAGAGGGCAAGAGCUCCCGGGGCUGCCCCAUUGCCAAGUGGGUGAUUCGCAGACACAACCAGGAGGAGAAGCUGCUGUGCCUGGUGCGGCACCGGGCCGGGCACCACUGCCAGAACGCCGUGAUCAUCAUCCUCAUCCUGGCCUGGGAGGGCAUCCCCAGGACCCUGGGGGACACCCUGUACCAGGAGCUCACCGACACCCUCACCAAGUACGGCAACCCCACGAGCCGCCGCUGCGGCCUCAACGACGACCGGACCUGUGCCUGCCAAGGCAAGGACCCCAACACCUGUGGUGCUUCCUUCUCCUUCGGCUGCUCCUGGAGCAUGUACUUCAACGGCUGCAAAUACGCCCGGAGCAAAACCCCCCGCAAGUUCAGGCUGGUGGGAGACAAUCCCAAAGAGGAAGAGCUGCUCCGGAGAAGCUUUCAGGACUUGGCCACCGAGGUUGCCCCGCUUUACAAGAGGCUGGCGCCACAAGCCUACCAAAACCAGGUCACCAACGAGGACGUAGCGAUCGACUGCCGGCUGGGCCUGAAGGAGGGGAGGCCGUUCUCAGGGGUGACGGCGUGUAUGGACUUCUGUGCCCAUGCUCACAAGGACCAGCACAACCUCUACAACGGCUGCACGGUGGUCUGCACACUGACCAAGGAAGACAAUCGCGUGGUGGGCAAAAUCCCCGAGGAUGAGCAGCUGCACGUCCUGCCCCUCUACAAGAUGUCCAGCACGGAUGAGUUCGGCAGUGAGGAGAACCAAAACGCCAAGGUGGGCAGCGGGGCCAUCCAGGUGCUCACGUCCUUCCCGCGCGAGGUCCGCAGGCUGCCUGAACCCGCCAAGUCCUGCCGGCAGAGGCAGCUGGAGGCCAGGAAAGCUGCCGCGGAGAAGAAGAAGCUGCAAAAGGAGAAGCUGAUGACGCCGGAGAAGAUCAAGCAGGAACCGGCGGGUCACAGGGGCUGUGUGUGCUGUCCCGCAGGUAUGGCCUUGAAAAGCGGGAUCCCCCCGCAGCCACUGAAACCUUCCAUCAAGGUGGAACCCCAGAGCCAUUACAACGCCUUCAAGUACAACGGCAACGCGGUGGUGGAGAGCUACUCGGUGCUGGGCAGCUGCCGGCCCUCCGACCCCUACAGCAUGAACAGUGUUUACUCUUACCAUUCCUACUAUGCACAGCCCAAUCUGCCUUCCGUGAACGGGUUUCACUCCAAGUUCGCGCUUCCCUCCUUCGGGUAUUACGGCUUUUCCAGCAACCACGUGUUCCCCUCGCAGUUCCUCAACUACGGGGCGCCCGAGCGGGGCGGGAGCACCUGGGUGAGCAAUGGCUACGAGAAGAAGCCCGACGUCUCGGUGCUGCAGGAGAACCUCAACCACACCUACGGGAACACCAACUUCCCUGAGCCCGUCCCGCAUGGCAUGCGGAGCAAGAACCACCACCAGCGCACCUACGAGCGGGCCAACCGCUACGCCAGCCAGCAGAAAGCAACGGCUGCCGGGGCACACAGGACUAACCCAGGCUCAGAGGAGGCACCAUCCUUUGCACAGAACUGUUUUGGCAGCCGCCCCAUCAAGCAGGAGCCUCCGGACCCUCCGCCUGCCAUCGAGCCCCGUCCCGGUGCAGCGGCUGUGCCCAGCGCUGAUCUGACACUGCCGGCCAUCCCGGCACACGGCGCGGCGCCAGAGCAGCGCUGGAGCCCCUUCAAGGCGCCACGGGGCGCGUCUUCCCCUGAGAGGACUAACACAGCCGAGGGCUCGUGGGGUGCGCUGGUGCCAGGCGCAGGCGGGCGGGAGAAGCUGAGCGCCUUCGAUGCCACCACACGCCUGCCGCCACCGGAGAAGCAGUGGCCCAACGUCCUGCCGGCAGGAGAGCCAACGGCGGCGCCGGCGCGCGGGUCGGGAUUGCUGCCAAAGCCGUGGAGCCCCUGCAAGCUCGGGGAGGCAGCGCUGGCUGGCACGGGCACCUCCAGCCUGCUGGGCUCACUGGGCUUCAGCUCGGCUCUGCCGGGACUGCCCAGCUUCCCUGAGGAGCCGUGGGGCUCCGUGAAGGUGGAGGAGCGCAGGACACCGGCACCCAGCCCGGGGCUGCCGGAGAAGCCGUGGGAGGCAGCGUUGGGCGAGAAGGGGGCGGCAGGGCCCCGCCGGGACAAACCAUGGGACCCCUUUGGCUUGGAGGAGGAUCUGUCAGAGAAGGCGGUGAAGGAGGAGGAGGAAGAGGAGGAGGAGGAGGAGGAGGAAGAGGAGGAGGAGUGGUCGGACAGCGAGCACAACUUCCUGGACGAAAACAUCGGCGGCGUGGCCGUGGCGCCUGCCCACGGCUCCAUCCUCAUUGAGUGUGCCCGCCGCGAGCUCCACGCCACCACCCCGCUGAAGAAACCCAACCGCUGCCACCCCACCCGCAUCUCCCUCGUCUUCUACCAACACAAGAACUUGAACCAGCCCAACCACGGCCUGGCGCUGUGGGAGGCCAAGAUGAAGCAGCUGGCAGAGCGGGCGCGGGCCCGGCAGGAGGAGGCAGCGCGCCUGGGUCUGCCGCCGGACGCCAAAGCCUUCGCCAAGAAGCGCAAGUGGGGCGGAGCGUUGGCGACCGAGGCGCCCAGCAAGGAGAGGAGGGACUCGGUCCCCACGCGGCAGGCGGUGGCCAUCCCCACCAACUCCGCCAUCACUGUGUCCUCCUACGCCUACACCAAGGUGACAGGCCCCUACAGCCGCUGGAUCUGAGACGGGCGCAACCGCCGUGGCCCCAUCUUACCUCAACCCUCGGCAGUGCCGGUGCCCGGCGUUGCUUCGUGGUGCUUUCUCCUCGGGCGUGGGGAGAAGAAAAAAAAAUAAAAAAUAAAGAGACAAAAGUGAAGCAAAACACAACAGCCACACCACACAAAAAAAAAAUAUCCAACCCAUAGGAAGCGAACCCGACGCGCGGAGCCGGCGCGGGCAUGCGCCGUCAAAGAGCUGCGCCCGGUGAGGAGUUGGCAUACCAAGCAAAACUGGGUAAAAAAAGCACCCAGGAGGAACGAUGCUGUUUGAUGAUUUUAGGUAAUCUCCUAUUUAUAUCUCCAUGUUUUUUAAUCUAGCCUCAGAUGAAUUUCCUAGCGUCCUUUCACGAGGAGAGGUUUUUAAUUCCACUUAAAGGAAAAGCCUAUUUGUCGGAUUUGAUUUGAUUUUAUUUUUUACUCCGAUGACGACGAUGAAGCCGAUCUUCGAAAGAGAAGCCAACGUGGAAAAAACCCACCCUGAACACAAAUCCAAACCAACCUGAACACCAAACCAGCUUAAAGGCAAGAGGUGACUCCCUGCAGCUCUGAGGCUAUCGGGAUCAUGUGCUUUACUGUCAGCCGGACACGCUGAACAGCUGAAUAUUUUUAUUCCUAAAGGACAUAAAAAUACUUAUUUUGCAGCUCGAGGAGCCCUUUCUUACAGCGACGGGAGCCCAUGAACAAGUGGGACAUCCCGGGGCGGCACGUCUUCACUCGGCUCCUCCUCCAGUGGGAUUGACUCCACCGGGACGGAGCGGGCCAGCGUCUUUCCUGGUGCCGGAGACCUCAGGACACGGCCGGGCUGGGAAUGCCGCUGCUGGGGGGGGCCGUGCUCGGGCUCAGACUUGUGGCUACUUUGCCAACGGCCCCAGGGCGAGCAGUGGCGGCGGCGGCAUCUCCAAAGGAGCUGACAAGACAAAGAAACAGAAACAAAAAAAUACAAAAAACCAGGAAAAAAAAAAAAAACACAAACCAACCCCAAACUGUGAAUAGCGAGUGUUGCUCUCUGUACAUCACUGUUGCUAAAGUCUGGUGCUUUCCGUCUCCGGGGGACUUUCUCUGCGCGAUCGGCUCCGGGAAGUGCGAAUCCCGAAGACUUGGCUGGGCCAAAUCCCGCCGGGUCCGCCUUCCCUGCCGGUGCCAGCAAGCCGGCGUAGCGGCCCCAGCGCCGCCGGGG